AGAUGUUGAUAAAAUAUGUUGGUAGGCCGAGUCCAUGGAAAGGCAAAACACUUUACAAUAUUGCGUGCAAUUUGAAAAAUAGAGGCGAAGGGAGAGUGGUGAUAAGAUGGUCUUUUGCAAACCGCUAUCCGGAGAAGUGUUUUUACAGAUUAACUAAAGUAGAGCCGGAUACAACAGACCCGGAAUUCAUGAGAGGAUCAGCCUGGGGGUUACGAGUGUUUCGUGGCAAGGUCUAUCCUAAAGAGACAAAGAUUGAGACGGGAAACCGGGCGGACUGGAGACUUAUCCCUAGAGAGGAGGAAGAGGAGUUCUGUAAACUGACUGAAAAGGAUGUGUAUAAAAGGCCAGAGCCCCCACCCAGGGAAAUGACUCUGCCACCAUUAUUGGGUGCUCUCUAUAAACAACAUCUGGAAAAUAAAGGAGAGUCUGUGGAAGGUCCAAUCACAGUCAGCUUGAGACUACGAAGAACAAAAGAACGAAAUUCUGCAACGGACCUGUGAGUCACUUCAUGGUGAAGUGUGACUGGAUAGUGAAAUGUUUGUUUUUUUUCAUUGUCAUUAGAUAGUGCUGAAUGAUAAAAAAUCAUUUUUGACUGAGAAGAUAUGUACAUUAUGUAAGAAAUAUGAUAAACCCAUUUAUAGAAGAGUGUGAUGCACGGAGAUGAAAAUGAUGGGAUGUUGGAUUUUUGGAGAUAGCAGAAGAUUCUGUAAUAGUAUUCAGCACUCUGCUACAUAGGUGUGGCAUGUCAAUGUUUUUACAUGAUCAACCCUUUAGCCAGCACUAUUCACAGUUGGCGGAGAAAACUGGAUUGUUUCUUACUGUGUGUAACCUUUUAUCUCACAUCCAGGACAUACUUUUUCUUUUUCUUAAAAUAAACCACAAGCAAAAUAAUAGUGGUUUACUAUCCAAGAUUUUCUUUUUGCCCUUGCGCUCUGUGACUCUCACGCACUUGGUGACAAAAAAAAUCCACAACACUGGCCAAUUGGAUGAGGGUAAUACAGCUAGUGCUGCUCCUUAAGGUCAUCACUGAUGUGCUUGGGCCUGAAAUCAGGUUGAUCAGGUGUCUUCAUUGAACCAGGAUUGAGCAACAGGUGGUUCCUCUUGAAAAAGAAGGUUUUCUGUUGUGAAAGUGAAUAUUCUGAGAUGGUAUAACACCACAACAACAAAUGGUUUUACAU